AUGCGCCGUGUCCCACACCCAGUUGCCAUCAUCACUACCACCUCUGCAGAUUCAACCUCAAAUCCAAAUCCAAACUCUACCCCACGAGGAAUGACAGUAUCCUCAUUCAACACCGUGACUCUACACCCAAAACCCGUUAUAUCAUUCAACGUGCACCACCCUUCCGAAACACUACUCGCGCUACAAUCCUCAUCCCGGUUUCUGGUGCAUUUGCUCGCUCCCGGUGCGGCCGCGGCUCGGUUGGCCAGGGAUUUUGCAAGGGGGAAUGAGAAUUUGGAGUUGGGAGAUUUUGAAUGGGAUUGUUACAAAAUUUUGCCACGGUUAAGGAGGAGGAGGAAGCGGCAGCAGCAUUCAUCACAAGGGAAGGAAAAAGAUGAAGAAAAAGAAGAAGACUUUAGUUUUGUCCUCGAGUGCCAAUAUCUUCCGGACAAGACGAUACAGGUCUACGACCAUAUGAUUGUCUUGGGCACGGUAGAAAAAGUGCUCUCUGCUUCUCCCCGUUCAUCGACAGACAUAGACACAAAAAACCACAAGAGGCAUGAUUUCUGCUUGACGUAUGCUGAUACCCGGUUCUGGAAAAUGGGCGAGCAGGUUGAAUGA